AUGAAAUUGAAAAAGAGAGAAAGAGAGAUUAUGGGGAAGCAAGGGCCUUGCUGUCACUGUGGAGUUACAAGUACACCUCUGUGGCGAAAUGGGCCACCAGAGAAGCCGGUAUUGUGCAAUGCGUGUGGAUCGCGUUGGAGAACAAAGGGAACACUUGUGAACUACACACCGCUUCACUCUCGUGCUGAUGGUGAUGACUAUGAGGAUCAUCAGAGGUUCCAAAGAAUGAAGAGCAUUUCUGUAAGUAACAAGAACAAAGAGACGAAGUUUCUCAAGAGGAAAGCGAUUCAAGAAACCCUCGCCAUUAAAAGACCGGUCUUGGAAUUCAAUUAUGGUUUGAAGAAGGCUGCACUAGAGGAGGAUGCUAGUAACAGAUCGAGUUCCGGUUCGGCUAUAUCGAACUCUGAGAGCUGUGCACAGUUUAGCAGUGCAGACGGGAGCGAGUUAACAGGUCCGUCUCAGUCUAACGCUUGGGACACGACUGUUCCUUCCAAGAGGAGGACGUGUGUUGGCCGUCCAAAGUCAUCUUCUGUUGAAAAGCUCACGAAGGACCUUUACAAUAUUCUACAAGAGCAGCAAUCGUCGUGUCUCUCGGUUUCAUCAGAGGAAGAUCUUCUCUUUGAGAAUGAAAUGUCAAUGGUCUCUUUCGAGUUUGGACAUGGGAGUGUUCUGAUGAGGAAUCCUCACUCGUUUGCUCGGGAAGAGGAGUCUGAAGCCAGCUCGCUCUCUUCAGUUGAGAACAAGCCAUCCAUCAGUGAGGCAUACUCUCAUUCCGUGAAGCGAGCUGAGAUCGGAAUUGAGAGAGGUUCAGGAUCUGGUGGACAAGCAAUAAAGCAAGAGCAACUCAAGAGGACCAAGUCUCAAACUGGAAGAGUGCAUGUCCUGGGGAGCCAUAGUUCACCACUCUGUAGCAUUGAUUUGAAGGAAGUUUUCAACUUUGAUGAGUUCAUACAACAAUUCACAGAAGAAGAACAGAGGAAACUGAUGAAAUUACUUCCUCAGAUUGACUCUGUUAACCUUCCUGAUAGCCUCAGAAUGAUGUUCGAAAGUGCUCAGUUCAAAGAGAACUUCUCUCUGUUUCAGAAACUUAUUGCAGAUGGUGUCUUUGAGAUGCCUUCUACCUCUGGGGCAAAACUCGAAGACUUGAGGACUAUUAAGAAGCUUGCUUUGUCUGAUUUUAACAAAUCUCGUUUGGUGGAGAGCUGUAACCUCCUGAAGGAACCGGAAAAAGGGUCUGGAGAUUCUGUCACUACUACUUCAAGAAGCUCAACCCCAAAUGUACCUAAAAAUAUUGUUACCACUAAGAGACGCAGUGAAAACCAAACCCAAUUGAAGCCAGAGUCAAGAGGGCUUAUGAGGAGCCCCAAAAGUGUAACGAAGAUGAAAUCAAGCCAUGAAAGCAAAGUUAUGACAGAGAACAACGUCUCGUGCUUCAGCCCAAGAAGCUUGGCUUCUGUAUUUGCGCAAGAAGGUGGUUCUACAGUGUUUGGCUAUGAAGUUCCGAUCAAGAUCUCCUUCUUCUGGACUUGCCUUCAAAUGGGUCGUUUCCUCAAGCAGAGCUGCUUCACCAACUCUGAGUGGACAAAGCUGCUUAAAAGGAAGGGAUUUUAA